UUUCAGCGCGAAACGUACAUACGCGUUCCCGCGUGAUCCGAGUUGCACAACAUACCCGUUACGUCACGCAUCCGAAAUCAAACAGGUUCGUGUCGUUGAUCGCAUGGCGCAAGCUAACCUGUAUACCGCGUUUACGUCGACGAUGACGAUUUGAGAGACAAGUUGACCCCGCGAAAGUGACAUGUCGACGCAACGGUUUGUUUAUUCGAUGAAGAGACAUUGACACGCGUCAUCGUCAAUGAUGCCCGCCGAUCUGUUGUCGCUCCUCGCAGCACGAACUUGGUAUCUAUUUCGAGUCACACGCAAUGCGUUAAUCGUUUAUUUAUAACACAUCGCUGUGCCGCUUUUCCAGCCGUCGUUUAUGAAGUCUCGACAUAACGUCGUGUUAUCGUGAAACGUCGUUAAAUCUGAUUAUUUUCUCUUUGCUGUCGUGCGCGAGUUAUGGACGAGAUUUGGUUCCAUCUCUCCAAUCAGAUUGAAUCGUUGCAGAUUCAAGCAUCGGUGGUAGCUCAACAAGGGCAACAAUGGUGUAUACUAUGGCUGUCUCAACUUCGUCAGUUUCUACAACAACUGUCUAAUGAGGAAAGCAUACAGCAUGUAAAGGACAUUGCACUGCAUAUAGCUGCUUCCACACAAAGCAGUUUGAAAGACAUUCAAAUCCACUUUCACAAUACCCACUGGAAUACAAUAGACCUAUGUCGCCAGCUUGGAAUCUUGUGUGCUGGUAAAAUAUCAAGGAGAGACGCGAUAUUUUGCAUAACCGGUGUAGCCGUUGGCACCAUGGUAGGCUAUUACAUGGGCGUUAAUACGAAACUACCUUAUAAUAGUUACACGAAUGUAAGAGCUAUAGCCUGCUAUCGAUAUGACGAUCUUGAGAAUGUGUUCAUCAUGGAGGACAGAGAAGUACCAACGAUCAUAAAGCCAAAGGAGCUACUGAUAUGCGUUUACGCCGCUUCAGUUAACGUUGUCGACACGAAGAUAUGUUCCGGUUACUCUAAAUUUUACAGGAGACUGCUUAACUCAGGAAAACAGAAAGGACUACCUGUAACUUUAGGGAGGGAUUGCGCAGGGAUGAUAAUGCACAUUGGACGCAGUGUUAUCAACUUCGACGUUGGAGAUGAGGUGUUUCUAGCCGUUCCAUCGUGGGCACCUGGUACGAUGGCGGAAUACAUAAUCGUCUCAGAGACGCAAGUAGCGAAACGGCCUAAAUCCUGCUCCAUCGAGACCUGCGCCAGCCUGCCUUACAACGGUUGCUUGGCGUGGGACGCUUUGGUCAAUAGAUCCGUCAUCAAGGAGGGCAACGCCAAAGGAAAGACUGUUUUCAUUUACGGCGGAUGCACUCCGAUCGGUUGCAUCCUUACGCAAUUGAUAAAGCUAUGGGGUGGUUACGUGUUGACCACAUGCAGAAGGAAAGCGAAGCCCGUGAUGAAGACGCUAGGCGCCGAUGACGUGAUAAUUAUCGGCGAGGAAAAUAUCGAGCAAAAUUUACAGCUGUACUAUGGGUUCGAUGCGAUUUUUUAUACCGAUAGCAACGAGCCGUUUGAAGAACGUAUUCUGAGGAAGUAUUUGAAGCCGAACGGUUCCUACGUCUCCACUGUUCCUGAGCAAUUAACGUCGGACUCGUUGGGAUUUAUAUGCGAAACUAUAUUCGCGGGAUGCGUCAGGAUAAAGCUGUUGGUUCAGUACAUAUUCGGGUUCAACGUGCAUCAGUGGAAUGAGGGCGCGAAAUUGAACGUCGCGUAUCUACGAGUCCUACGCGAGCUGGUCGACGCGAAACAGUUGCAACCGGUGGUGGGUCAAGUAUACACGCUGAAUGGCUUCAGGCGGGCGUUAUCUCAGGUUCUAGAUCCGAAUUCAAUUGGCAGUACGAUCAUAAUGAUGAAAUGAUAUAUUUUCGUCGACUCGCUAGAAAGUUUCACGCCAUGACUACUCUUCUGUACGCAACACUGUAGCGUGUAUAAAUUACACACGUUAUCAAUGGGCAUUCGCAUCAUGGCGAAGCAGAAGACUAGUAGUUAAAAGACACUCGGUGCUGAAGACUGACAAGCGCACCGAACGAAUACUCUGUCCUUUUUCAAAUUACCGCCGAUAGUCGCCUUCACGAGAGUCGAGGAACGUUGACGACAAUAAUGCAACGAAAAACGGUAGAGAGUCCGAUGUUCUGGAGAUCUUUUACAGAAGAACCUGCGCGACGAAUCAUCUUCCGUCGCUUAUCACGAUGGAACUUAUCAUGUAAGGAAGCACGUGCGUCGUUCAUGAAUAUCACACGUUAUAUAUUUUAUCAAAUAAAUAGAGAAAAUUACAAA